GAUUGUUGGUCAACGAAAUGGUUAAUGGAUAGAUAGCAGGGUAUGUGCUUAUCCCAAAAAAACAAUUCCUAUGGUAUGGCAAACUUCAUGGUUAAACUGAUUCCUUUGAUAAAUAUAAAUAAGUCCGAUGAUGAGAAAAUAUCACCCUUUUCCAGUUACCAUUCAAGAUCGCUAUGUUAGUUUAUCCUUUUUCCAUAUCCCUCCGUGAACCUGUUGUAAGACACCAUAGCUUAUGAUUACUUUAACUUUCCGUGUGCUCUAAUUUGAAUGGAUCCGUUUAUCAAUCUACCCACCACUAUUGUUAUGUCGUCAUUUUCUCACCGCACCAAACUUUGCUUAGUGUCCAAAAGGUGGUGUUGAUGUGUCACUUCUAGCUUUGAAGUAGGGCCUAGUUCUUAUCUAUGUAUCCUUAUAAAAGGGGAAUGCUAUAACAUUAGCUAAAAAUGAACCAUGCACAGAUCUUAUUGUUACUAACCUAAGGCUUUCGUGGGAUGCAAGUCCUUUGCGUUUUGCGAGCCUUACCUCAAUCUACUAAUUUCCAGCAUGCCUCCUUUAUCGGCAUUGCUUUCGGUCAAAUUCCUUUCCGAUCUAACUGGUAGCCAGGAUCUCCUUUGGGUUCAUGUUCUUAUUACACUUUAUCUUAUUGACUACGAAAUCUUAGCAUCUCUUUUACUCCCAACAUAUCAGACUUUGGAUUCUGUUAUUCACAAACUUACGGUUCUUGAUACUUUUUUCAUUGGAUUACUUUCACCCUGGGCAAAUCGCUAAAAGCACGACAUAUUCGAAUCUUGAACUAACCAGUAUAGGUUUAUAUUUUGCACUAAUCCAAGGAUUCUAUUAUGUACAUAUGUGCUAGUCUGCAUCUUUCAGUUUUCUAAGUAUCCAAAACAAAAAAGGUCAUUACUUAUGGAUAUUCACCUUGAUAUUUGAUUCAUCGAUGCACUAUUUGCUAUAUACUACUAUUCUUUCGUUUCCAAAUGUCCCCAUAAAGGCAGGUUGGGCAACCACUUACUUUCUACCAUCUGUAUCGUUUUAUACAAAUGUCAGUAUAAGGAAUCCUCUUGUAUUCCAUCUAUGGUUCUUUACGGGACCUUAUUACUAUGAUAUUUGGCCACUUAAAAAAAAAGGGUCAUUUGAUUGUUAUCCCUUACAAAUUCAUUCUUGUAACAUAAAAGACUCUACAGGACAACCAUGGAAUAUUUAUUCCUUUAGAUGGUUCUGUAUUACAAGCACGUACUUUUCUUCAAAAGGUAUACUUAUACCCUGA